AUGGUAAAUGGGGUAACAAGACCUGCCUCUGAUGCGUGCUUAGACCAUAUUUAUUCUAGUCAUCCUGCUAGAAUUAGAGAAGUAUCCAUAGGUAAAUCUGGACUUUCCGAUCACCUUCCGGUCACCAUCUUGAGGUGCUACAAAACCAUGGAUGCACAACGUAAACAACAUUCCAAAAUCAAAUACAGAAAUAUCGACAAAAUCAACAAAGAGUGCUUUCUGCGAGACCUCAGAGAAGCCCCUUGGGAUAUCUCCUUUGUUUUUCGAGAUGCCGAUGACAUUGUUGAAUCUUGGUACAAAAUCUUUAAUGACAUUCUUGAUAAUCACGCACCUUUAAAGUCCAAGAGUGUGAAGAAAAUCAAUCAGCCAAAAUGGUUCACUAAUGAUCUAUACAACGAAAUAAAUAAACGCGAUAAUCUUCUAAAGAGGGCCAGGAGAACACAAAAUAAGCAAGAUUGGUCUGCUUUUUAA